ACUGAACAAGGUGUUCAAUCUAGCAUGAUUUUUUGUUGUUGUUCGGGACUCAAGGUUGUUUAAGUAUUUCCGGCGACGUCAUUGCACCCAGACCUCCAUAAUGGGUUUGCAGCUGUUCACUGAACAACAAUAACAAGAACGGCGAACGUCAAGAGGAGAGCACAACACUACAAAUCCCUUAACGACAGUCUUUCACUCAAUUCCGACACUUUCGUAGCCAAACUCAGCCGACAGGUAUCUUGUCACAGAAGCUGCCGGCGGGGUAACUCUGGCCUCCGCUUCCUCCUCCUCCGACUCGGAAAUCGGCGGAGCUUCGCCGCCCCCACGGAAAAAACGCCGAGGAUCGGUGGUGGAGGGAGCAGGAGAGACCGGGGCUUCAACUGGGAUUGCGGGCCUCUCUGCGGUUGUUGUAGGGCUUGCAACUUUUCCACCCCCACACGCAGUUCCUGCUAUCUGCCUUAAUCCACAUAGUGUCACUAACAUCAGCAUUUAUAACAUGCAGGCCAACGGGGCAGGACAGGGACAAGACUCAGAGCUGUCCUGCCUAAAUAACGCACAAAACGGAGAGUCGUCCUCUGGUGGAGGAGCGCACUCCAACGGACUCAUAUCCUCAGCUAACAAUGGAAAUUCUGCCAGUACUGAUAACGGAGUUCCACCGUCGGGAACCUCUGCUGCUUCUAACGCCACAACCUCGGGCUCCGAUACCGGCUCAACAAUGAAAAAGAAGAAACGUUUUUCACAGGCAGAUGAAGAUGUCAUCCGACUGAUAGGGCAACAUCUACACGGUUUAGGGCUUAAUCAGACAGUGGACUUGUUGAUGCAAGAAUCUGGCUGUCGACUGGAGCAUCCCGCAGCCACUAAAUUUCGUAACCACGUAAUGGAAGGAGAAUGGGAUAAGGCUGAAAGUGACCUCAAUGAGCUGAAAGCGCUUAUGCACUCACCAAGUGCUAUUGUGCGGAUGAAGUUCUUGCUCCUGCAGCAGAAGUAUUUAGAGUAUCUGGAAGACGGUAAAGUUCUAGAAGCACUGCAAGUUCUGAGAGCUGAGCUCACUCCACUGAAGUACAACACAGAGAGAAUUCACGUCCUCAGCGGGUAUUUGAUGUGCAGCCACUCAGAAGAUCUGCGAGCCAAAGCAGAGUGGGAGGGCAAAGGAACUGCUUCUCGCUCCAAACUCCUCGACAAACUGCAAACAUACCUGCCCCCCUCCGUAAUGCUGCCCCCGCGGCGCCUCCAGACCCUCUUGCGUCAGGCUGUGGAGCUGCAGAGAGACCGCUGCCUCUACCACAACACCAAACUGGACAGCAGCCUGGACUCCGUGUCCCUGCUCCUGGAUCACGUCUGCAGCAGGAAACAGUUCCCCUGCUACACCCAGCAGAUCUUGACCGAACACUGCAAUGAAGUGUGGUUCUGUAAAUUCUCCAACGAUGGCACAAAACUGGCCACGGGAUCCAAGGACACUACAGUCAUUGUGUGGCAUGUUGACUCAGAGACCCACCAGCUGAAACAGCUGAAGACUCUGGAAGGCCAUGCCUAUGGUGUGUCAUACCUGGCAUGGAGCCCAGAUGACACAUACCUAAUAGCCUGUGGGCCAGAUGACUGUUCAGAGCUAUGGCUCUGGAAUGUUCAGACGGGGGAACUGAGGACGAAAAUGAGCCAGUCUCACGAGGACAGCCUGACAAGCGUGGCCUGGAAUCCAGACGGCAAACGUUUCGUCACUGGGGGUCAGAGAGGCCAGUUCUACCAGUGUGAUCUAGACGGAAACCUGCUGGACUCUUGGGAAGGUGUCAGGGUUCAGUGCUUAUGGUGCCUGAGCGACGGGAGAACCGUCCUGGCAUCCGACACACACCAGCGUAUCCGUGGUUACAACUUCGAAGACCUCACAGACAGAAACAUUGUGCAGGAGGAUCAUCCAAUAAUGUCUUUUACGGUGUCAAAGAACGGAAGAUUAGCUCUGUUAAAUGUAGCAACUCAGGGAGUUCAUCUAUGGGACCUGCAGGACCGGGUGCUGGUGAGGAAGUAUCAGGGCGUGACCCAGGGCUUCUACACCAUCCACUCCUGCUUUGGAGGACAUAACGAAGACUUCAUUGCUAGUGGAAGUGAAGAUCACAAAGUGUACAUCUGGCACAAGCGCAGUGAGCUGCCCAUAGCGGAACUGACGGGACACACUCGCACGGUCAACUGUGUGAGCUGGAACCCGGUUCUGCCGGGCCUCAUGGCCAGCGCCUCGGAUGACGGCACCGUCCGGAUCUGGGGUCCGGCUCCUUUCCUCGACUCCCAGGACUCAGAAGGACUCAACGGUAUUGGCUUUGUUUGUCCUCUUGACGAAUAAACAGUCUGACGGCCUGCGGCUGGUAGAAACUCACUCAUUACAGUUACUGGACGAUUGUUGAUUCUAAACCCAUUGAGCCCAGAGUAAAUCUUGAAUUCCAAGGCAGUCGAUCCCAGCAUAGAUUUUGAAUUCUAAGCCAGUGGAUCCCUGUAUGGAACUAAAAUUCCAAGCCAGUAGAUCCUAGCAUGGAUCUAGAGUUCUAAGGCAAUAGGUCCCAAUAUAGAACUUGAAUCCUGAGACAGUGGAUCCCCGCAUCGAUUUUGAAUUCUAAGCCAAUAGAUCCCAGUAUGGAUCUACUCUCGUUAGCCAAUAGAUCCUGGUGUGGAUUUAGAGUUUUAGGCCAAGUGGUCCCAGUAUAGAUAUUGAAUGCUAAGACAGUGGAUCCCAGGAUAAAGUUUUGAAUUCUCAGCCAAUUGUUGUCAGUAUUGACCUAGAAUUCUAAGCCAGCGUAUCAGAGUACAGAUCUGGGAAUCUGUGACAAUAGAUCUCAGUAUGGAUCCUGACACCAAAGACAGUUUUGUGUAGUCCCAGUUUCAGCAGGCCUUACUCAGCCUGUUCACUUACUGUCCAGCCCCUUCAUCAUGUGCCUCAGAUGGGCGUCAGAUCAAGUGAAAGCCAUCAGUAUCCUGGAAACCCUCUCCCCUAAAGGUUCUGCUCCCCACUCUUUAUAGACCACCUAUAGCUCCAGUAUUCAAAUGCUCAAAGUCAUUCAUAUAUGUUAGGUUAUAGCAGGAACGGAAGCCUUUGGGGAGGGGGGGGGGGGUUAACUCGCCCUAAAGGAGGACUGUUCUGCCCUUUGAAAUUUGGAAAGACUGAGAAGAGUUGAGGACUUGGUUGGGAGUUGUCUCUCUGAAAUGUGACGAUAAAUCUGAUUAUUACUGUUAGCCCACAGCCAUGCCUGUUGUUUCUCUCCAUUAGAAUGCUGCAGUAUGGACAGCUGAUGGUAACUCUGGAGCUGACGUCUUCUCCGAAAAUAAAAAAAAACAAAAACAAAACACUGACAUACACUAUAGACUAUAUACAAGAAAUUUACGGAAGAAAAAUGAAGUUUGGAGAACAAAAAAGAAAGGAAAAAAACGAAAAUGAAAACAGAUGUUACCCUGUAUGACAGAGCAGAGGUCAAGUUUAAAGCCAAGAUUAGUAGCUGGAGGAAUCACUUGAACGAAAACCAACCCAGCUGCUGACCGACGAACUCUUUAGACCACUGACCUGUGUGUGUGUGCCUGGUCCUGGCUGAUGUCACCUUCUGUCUGAAGAACCACAUGUCCCAGUGGGUGUAUAUUGACCUCUCUCUCUCUCUCUCUCUCUCUCUCUAUCACCCCUGCCCACUCAGGGCAGUCCUCUGCAGAACUAUAGUUAUCACAAACCACAUCAUUCAACAAAAGAAUUAUUUAUUGCAGUUAUUAUUUAUUGUUGUCAGUUGGUUGAGGCUUCAGACUUGAGUUUUUGUAGUGACCUUGUGCUCUGUUAUGGAUGAGGAAAAAAAAAAAACGUUCUUUUUUUAAUCUACUCAGCUUUUCAAAGCUUAUAUGAACUUGCUGACUUCUUUUCUCUGCAAGCUUGGUGGAGGGGGGUGGGAUGGGACUAAGGUGUCAAUAGAACACUUCCCCUCUGGGUCAAAGAGGCAUCAUGGGAGAUGGAGUUUUUUGGCAAAGUGGAGCAGGUUGGGCUGCUGAAAGCAGCUGUCAUAUCAUUUUCCACGUGAACUCUAUGUCCUUUUGCUCCUUUGCCUGCCUGUGUGUGAAUGUAUGUAUGGGAGAUAUAUAGAUAGAGAAAAUAUGUUUUCACCAGCAGAAAAUUAUGAUGUCAUGUUCUUUUCCCUCCACUUUAAGAGCUAUGAAAACAGUUUUAAACAGCAAAGAGUUUUAAUAGUCAUUUAAAAAAGCCUGUUUAAUUUAUCACAGGAGUUGUUUUUUUUCUCUCUCUCUCUCUCUUCUUCUAAUUUUUCCUUGGGCGAAUUUUUUUUUGUCUGGCCCUUUGUUUUUCUUAAAUCAUUUACUCUAAUGGCAAUUUUAGUUGAAUGUGUUGAGGAGGGAGGUGUCAGGGAUGGUUCGUUUGUCUUUUGCUUCCUUCAACCGUAAUCCUACCCCGUCACCGUAGACAGGAUCGGUCAGAGGGGGGAAGGGAGGUACUCCGUUGGUGAGAUUUUU